AUGCAGAUAAGUAACGGUUACACAGUGCACUUGUUAGAAGGGUUAUAUUGUUAUCUAAGAAGACUUCUCUUUAAAGUGUUAUGUGUUGGGGCAGUGCCAAAUCACAUUGCAUUCAUAAUGGAUGGUAAUAGAAGGUUCGCAAAGAAGAACAAUUUGGCUGAAGGUGAAGGCCACAAAGCUGGAUUUUCAGCUCUCUUAUCCAUCCUCAGGUACUGUUAUGAACUGGGAGUGAAGUAUGUAACUGUAUAUGCAUUCAGCAUUGACAACUUUAGAAGGAAGCCAAAAGAUGUUCAAAGUUUAAUGGAACUUAUGAGGCAGAAGAUUGAAGAGUUGCUUCAACAAGAAAGCAUCAUCAAUGAGUAUGGUGUGAGGUUGCAUUUCAUUGGAAACAUUUCAAUGCUUAGUGAGCCUGUCAGGGUUGCUGUGGACAAGGCAAUGCGAGUCACUGCCCACAACAACCACAGAGUUCUUUUCAUCUGCGUCGCGUAUACUUCGCGCGACGAGAUGGUGCAUGCCGUCUACCAAUCUUGCAAGCAAAAAUGGAGCCAUCUUAAUGGUGAAGAGCCAUCAAAAGUAGUUAAGAAUGGUGGUAUAGAGAAAGUGAAAGGGAUGAUUUGUAGCAAGAAUGGAGUGUUUGAGAACAAAGUUGAGAAACAUAGUGUUCCUCCUCCCUCUUCUUGUUCUCUAAUAGAAUUGGUUGAUGUUGAGAGGAAUAUGUACAUGGCAGUGGCACCAGACCCUGACAUAUUGAUCCGAACUUCCGGUGAGGCGCGGCUGAGCAACUUUCUUCUGUGGCAGGCUGGUACCUGCCCUCUGUAUGCACCAUCUUCACUUUGGCCUGAGAUAGGUUUGAGGCACUUGGUCUUGGCAGUGUUGAACUUCCAAAAGUACCAUCAUUACUUGGAGAACAAGAAAGAGAAGAAGAAGCACAAGAACUUCUAA